GUAAAUGACAGCUGUGGUCGGCCAUAUUGCAAUUUGUGAAUUCGAUGAAUUUUGUUCGUUCAUAAUUUAGAUAAGCUUAAAAAGUUAAACGAUCCAAAAAAUUUUUUCAAGUCUAUGGUAUUUUUAUUACGCUAACAUACAGUGUUCCUAGCGGUGUUUAAUAUCAUAUAUUUAUAAAGUAUUAAAAUGAGGUGAUACCAGUUAAAAACAAUUUCUCGUGCAUACGUACUUCCUACAAUGAUUAAACUUUCGGGGCAAGGCUCUUAGUAUUUUAUGUAAAUUAGUAUGGGUCGGAGUGGAGUGACGUAUCGACGAUUUAAAUUGAAUGUUAUUAAAGCGCGUCAGUGUCAUCGUGCAUUCGUGUUGUGAAGACAACGGGCGUGCUCAAGUUGCGAAAGUAAAUAGCUUAGUGAAAAACGAAUGGCAUAUUGUAUUUAGCUUAUUGAGCUAUGGCACCGAGACCUCCUCCACCUCCUGGACCACCACCACCUCCGGGGCCUCCUCCUCCACCAGUUUUUGGUAGUUCAAAAGGUGGUCCGUCAGACAAUAGAAAUGCUCUUCUAAGUUCGAUUAGGCAAGGAGCAAAAUUAAAAAAGACUGUCACGGUAGAUAAGAGUGGACCAUAUAUUCCUGGAAAAGUAUCAAAUGCUCCUAGUGGUGGAUCUCCUGUAGGAAAUGGGGUGCGAAGUACGGCUCCAGUUCCUAAUGGAGGAGGAGGGGCUAUGCCUGGCUUAGGUGGGCUUUUCGCGGGAGGCAUGCCCAAGUUGAGGCCAACAGGAAAAUUAGCUGGUACAUUACCAAAUGGUCAAAUACGAUCAGACGCGCCGCGGUUUCCAUCUGCACAACACACACAAAAAUCACCUGAAAAAACACGACCGUAUCCGCCUCAUAGUGGCAAUGUUGUUGCCGCUAUAACAGAGGCCUUAGCGUCUAGGGAGGGACAGAGAGAGUCUCCCAAGGAACCGCCGAGCCACCAGCCGCCAGCUCGGCCGAUCGUCAGAAGGCAGCCGAGUGAAGCGAAGGCCAGGGGACCACCACCGGAGCCGCCCGUACAGAAGCAUGCUAUGCCGUUGAGCUCAUCGGACUCAGUGCUAACAACCGGUUCAAUAACGGAACGGAAUAUACCGCCUCAUGUCGCCUCAACACUGCACCGGAAUAAGAGCACACUGCACUCUGGUUCCCAGGCUUCAUUGGGCGGUUCCAUGACGUCACUAUCGUCAGCCUCAUCAACGCUGACGACACCCGCUUCGUCGUCGCUGUCGACGUCGGACCUGUCGGAGCGCCCGCGAGUGAGCCACGGCAAGCCGAACCUGGCGCCCAAGCCGCCCGUGCUGUCCCCCGCGCCCGACAGGCCCUCGCCCCCGCCUAAGAAGUUGAUGGUCAAUGGCAAGCUCGCUGCCAGAGCGCAGAGCAUGAGGGCGCCCAGGUCUCCGCCUGUAUCCCCACCGUCCCCCGGGGGUGCUCGUCCGCCGCCGCCCACUAACCCCCCCGUCGCCACCAAGAACCCCGCCUCGCACUUCGGCACGCUGCGCGCGCCCCGCGGCCUGCGCCCGCCCGGCGUGUGCCCGCCCCCCCCGCCGGGCGCGCCGCCCCCGCCCCCCGCGCCGCCCGCGCGCGCCGCCUCGCUCGCGCAGCCGCCGCCGCCGCCGCCGCACCACCGGCUGCACGCGGAGGAGUGCUUGGCGCCGCAGCCGCCCGCGCGCGGCUCGUCCAUGCGCGCGGCGGAGCUGGAGGCGCGCUUCGCCGAGCUGUUCAACCCGCCCGCCGGCUUCCCGCUGCCCGACCCCUUCCUGCGCAUCGCCAAGGGCUACAGCAGCACCACCGUCGCCGCGAGCAAGGCGCAGGCGCCCGCGCCGCCGCUGCGCCUGCCGCUGGCGGGCUGGUCGGGCACGUCGAGCGCGUGCUAGCGAGCGCGCGGGGCGCCCGGCCCCGCCCCCGCCCCCGCGCCGCCCGCCCCCG